UCCCGACAGGCCCCGCGGCGGACGCCCAUCGCCGGAUUUGAAUAUCGGCGGUGGACCGCGGCCGCGCCAUGGGCGCCCCGUCGCUGCCCCCGGCCUGGCUGCUCUACCUCAAGGACCACCGCAUCGCCACGUUCAAGAACUGGCCGUUCCUGGAGGGCUGCGCCUGCACCCCGGAGCGGAUGGCCGCGGCCGGCUUCAUCCACUGCCCCACCGAGAACGAGCCUGACCUGGCACAGUGCUUCUUCUGCUUCAAGGAGCUGGAAGGCUGGGAGCCAGAUGACGACCCCAUAGAGGAGCAUAAGAAGCAUUCGUCGGGCUGCGCUUUCCUGUGUGUCAAGAAGCAGUUUGAGGACUUGACCCUCAGCGAGUUUCUGAAACUAGACAAAGAGCGAGCCAAGAACAAAAUUGCCAAGGAGACCAGCGUCAAGCAGAAAGAGUUUGAAGAAACGGCACAGAAGGUCCGCUGCACCAUGGAGCAGCUGGCCGCCUCCGACUGAACUGAGCUGCCCUGCGGGACGAGAACAGUUGGACCACGAGUGUUUCCUGCACGUUUCCUGUGGCUGGGCCGGUGACCCCCAGCUGUUCCCUGCACUGGACAGGCAGCUCAGAGGCCGUGUAAAGCUGUUUGCAUCUAAAAGCAUAGUUACUCAUUUCUGCGUCCCUGAUGUCAGGCGACUGCCCCUGCUGCCUGCGUCUGGGACAGUCUCACUGGGGUCCUGCGUGGAGCCCGCUCGCCCCGGACAGAACGGCAGGGGGAGGCGCUGUCGUUCAUGCUCACUUCUGGGGUUCCAGCCUCCCUGGGGCACGCUGGCCUGAGCAGACG